AUCGGUGCUCUGUUGCCGGGCACAUCAAGACCGGUGACUGGGAAGUCACCGCGGACCAGACUGCCUUGCUGAGCCACCCUCCCUCCAGCACUUGGCAGAGAAGGAGCAGACAGACUUACCUCGUUCCAAAAUGGCAUCGACCUUUUAUGGAGUUUUCCUCAUUGUCAGCAUCUGCGCUGUAAUCCGCUGUGUGCCCCCACCCGGGAACUCCAGCAAGGGAUCCCUCUGCCCGUCCUCCUCAAGGAGCACCGCCGCCUCCCGGCUGUCCUCCAGCAACACCAACUUUGCCUUCCGCCUGUACCGGAGGCUGGUUUUGAAGACUCCGGACCAGAACGUCUUCUUCUCCCCACUGAGUGUCUCCGCUUCCCUGGCCAUGCUAUCCCUUGGGGCCCGCUCAGCCACCAAGACCCAGAUCCUCCAGAGCCUGGGGUUCAACCUCACGCACGUGCCAGAGCCUGCCAUCCACCAGGCCUUCCAGCACCUGCUCCAGUCGCUCAGAGCCCCCAGUGAAGACCUGGACCUGAGGAUAGGGAGUGUCGUCUUCCUCAAAAAGGAGCUGCAGCUGCAGGCAAAUUUCUUGGACAACAUCAGGAGGCUGUAUGAGUCCAAAAUCUUUUCUAUAGAUUUCUCAAGCACCUCCACUGCCCGGGAGAAGAUCAACAGCUACGUGGAGAAGGAGACCAAAGGGAAGGUGGUAGACUUAAUCCAAGGCCUUGAACCUCUAACAGUCAUGGUCCUAGUGAACCACAUUUUCUUUAAAGCCAAAUGGGAAAAGCCCUUUAACCCUGGCUCUACGAGGAAGAACUCCCCAUUCCUGGUGGGCAAGAAGACCACUGUGAAGGUCCCAAUGAUGCACCAGGUGGAAGAGUUUGUCUUUGGAGUGGAUCCAAAACUGAACUGCUCAGUGCUGCGGAUGGACUACGGCAGACAUACCGCAGCCUUCUUUGUCCUCCCUGGCCAGGGCAAGAUGAGGCAGCUGGAACAGACUUUGUCAGCCAAGACACUGAGGAAUUGGAGCCACUUACUCCAGAAAAGGUGGAUAGAGGUGUUCAUUCCAAAAUUCUCCAUUUCUGCCUCCUAUGACCUAGAAACCAUCCUCCCAAAGAUGGGCAUCUGGGAUGCCUUUGAUAAAAAUGCUGAUUUUUCCGGAAUUACAAAGAGAGACUUCCUGCAGCUUUCCAAAGCCGCCCACAAGGCUGUGCUGGAUGUCAGCGAGGAGGGCACCGAAGCCGCAGCGGCCACGGCCACCAAGCUCAUAGUCCGCUCGAAGGACGGCCCCUCUCACACCGUCGUCCGCUUCGAUCGGCCCUUCCUGCUGCUGCUGAUCAACAGAGCCACAGAGGCCAUUCUCUUCCUUGGGAAAGUUGAAAAUCCCACGAAAUUCUAGGUGGAAACCUCCUGCUGACGGAGUCCACAUUGAAAACUCCCAGGAAAUAAAUUGUGUUGUGA